AUGCCAUUCAUCUCCCGGUCGCGUUUGGCCAUGAUCAAAGUAAGACCAGACAUUGGGAGUACACCUGUGCGUAACAGCAUAAAUGAGUGGCCCUUUUACUGGUCAAGUCGGUGGCUUUGGGGGCCAUUGAGUACAGACACCGUCGGGCUUCCGGUCUAUUACGGCCGAUACACGGGUUUCUUUCCAAUGUUUACCAUCAAGUGUAUUAUUGGCGCUGAACACGAUUUAAUCAAUAUAUUGGCCAAAAACGAUACCAUAAGAAAUACAUUGGAAAGAAACCCGUGUAUCGGCCGUAACAGACCGGAGGCCCGACGAUGUCUGUACUCCGUGGCCCCCAAAGCCGCCGACUUGACCAGUAAAAGGGUCACUCAUUUAUGCUGUUACGCUCAGGUGUACUCCCAGUGUCUGGUCUCUACAGCUAUUCUAAUGAAAAAUUGCGAUCAGAAUAAUGAGCUGCAUAUGUUGAAAACUACUUUGAUCAUGGCCAAACGAGACCGGGAGAUGAACUUAUGCCAAUCAUAUAAAUACUCAAAUAACCAAACUAAUUGCGACAAAUCGUUAAUUGUCAAUGUGACGGGUGGUGUAGUUUCUAGCGCACAAUACUCAAUUGCAACUAUACUGUUUAUGGUGAUUGUAGUUAAAAUAUUCGAGUAAAACAUUACAAAGUUAA